AUGACGGUCCGCUCGCCACCGCGCAAGUCCUUCGCCAGCCGCAACCUGAACAGCGCGACGCGCAAGCCCGAGCAGGCGCGGCCGCAGCGCGCGUAUGGCGGCGGCGGUAGAUUGCUAGUGCUCGGCAAGCGGCCCGAGCCGACGGCGGCCUCGAAGACGAACACGGUUGCCGCGCCCGUGCCCAUGAACACGCCGUCGCUGCGGCGCGAGUCGGGCGGCCAGGACGUCUCCGUCAAACUAGUUCCGAGCGGCGGUGGUGGCUGGGCCCAAGAGAAACAACCGGAGCCGGAACCGGAACCGAGACGGCUCGCCCCGCCGGCCAACAAGGAGCCGCCCGUCGCGCCCUGGGCCAAGCAGGCCGUCGUCGACGCCGCGAAGCCGCCCGAGGAGCGCGCGCCGGCUUGGAGUUCCAAGCCUGCUCCUCCUCCUGUUGAGGAGCCGCCGCCACCGCCUCCCGUAAAACCGGAGUCGCCGCCCCAGCAGCAGCACCAGUGGCGCCGGUCCCAGGACGCCGAGCGACGCAUGGAGCAGUCGACGCAACCGCCGCCGCCUCCCGCAAAUACGUCCCCGAAGAGUGAACCGCCCGAUAAACUGCAAGGCGAGUCCCAGAGCGACUACAUGAAGCGGUUGGCGCAGUUGCGAGCGGCGAAACGUCGCGCCGAGGAGCAGGCCGAGGACGAUGCCCGACGCGCGCGCGCCGCGGAAAGAUUAGCGCGCCUGGACGCCCAGCGGCGCGCGGCGCAUCCACCUGCGCGACCUCCCCCGGUCCAGCAACAAGAGGAUGACCGGUGGCAGCGCGGGGCGCGCGUACCGGCGCCGCCCGUCGAGCGGGAACCGUUGCGGGAUGCCGGCGUGCCCAUCGAACGGGCGGCGACUAGAGACGGCCGCUCCUUCGCCUCCAUGUUCUCGCCACCUUCGGAACCGAACCCGGACCAGCUCAAAGUAGGUGAUGGGUAUGAUAGGCACCCGAACCGCGAGAAGCCGAAGCUCUUCGAUCCCAAGUCUGGGAGUUAUGUCGAUCCUUCGUCGCGACCGCCGCCGGCGCCGAAGACGCGCGGAAGAGGUUUGCGGGUCAUCGACGACGCCGCGGCUCCGAAGAAGGAGGCGCCGCAGGUUCGCUUGUUGGCGCGGCCCGCGGACGCGAAACCCGCACCUGGAACGAUCGUACAGAAGAAGGAGGAGAAGAAGAAGCUUGCGGAGCUGCCUAAAGAUCUAUCGAACGCGGACGCGGAGACUGUCAAAAGGUUGAAGGCUGAGAGAGCUGCGGAGAAGGCUGCGAGGCAGCCGCGCACCCGAGGCUUUCUGUACAAGCACGAGAACGGCGACGUCGUCCUAGCUGACGGCCAGCCUUCUCGUAGGUCGAAGCGCGGUCGAGGCGGGCGUAAAAGGGCGGAAGCCGCCGCCGCCGCCGCCGCGAAGGCCGAGCAGGAGCGGCUCGCGCCCGGCCCGCCCGUGCGAUCGUCCUCUGCUGGCUCUGUGUGUUUCAGUGUCGUUGUAUCAACUACGAGCGGGAAGACGACCCCAGAAAUCAAACACCAUCUUUCGAGUCUGACUACUGACUGACAACCUUCCACCCAUAGCCCGACCGCUCCCUUCGUCUUUGUGUGAGAGUCAUACAUACUCAUACCAAUCUCACAAUUCCACGCACAGGUCGGCGACCGAGGGAGAGCCCCGGGCCCCGUGUCGCAGCAGUCCCCGCCCGAGCCCGCGCGCGGCCUCGGCGUCUUCUCUCAAUCUGACGCGGCGCCGGGCAAUUUGUCGUAUGCGCCCUUCGGCGGCUUCAGCACGGCGCCGCCGCCUCCCGAAAGGGCCGCUGUUUCCGCUCUGGGUGGGGCCGAGUUCAUUCCCCGCACUUCGAGUGCUGGUUCUUUUGGCGGCAUCGGCAUCGUCCAGGACGACGCGCCGCCGCGCCACGACGGCCCGUCUACUCUAGGCGGCGCGGAGUUCGUGCCCGGCGCCGGCCUCGUCCGGCCCGAGGCCGCUUCGGAGCAGCAGCUGUCGUCCUCCUUCGACGCCGCGGGCGCGCCGGAGUUCGUGCCCGGCGGCGCCUUCGGGUCCGGGCUGCUCGGCGCGCCCCAGAAGCCCGGCCAGCCGCAGGGCUCGGGCCUGCUCUGGGACCGCUAGCUAUUUGAUGAUUGGGCCUUGCGCCCCGACCGCCGGCCUCUGCACGCUUCAUGCGCGUAGGAGCUCCUACCGGCCGUCCACCCCGUCUGGACUCUACUAACAGUCCGACACUAUCUUUUUCUGGGGCGCGGCGGUGGCGUGCUGGCGGGGAAGGAGUCGUUUCGCGGCUCGUAAAACCCGUUUUGCGGACCAAAAUAAUUGAGGCGUCGCGGACCUCGGCGAAGCGACCGCGCGAUUGCCGCAGCGCCCUUGGGCGGCCGUAUUAUCGCUGCUUAAAACACUCCCACACGUGCGCGCCACAUCUGCGAGCAACAGCGUGCCCCAGCGAUAGCUCCAAGGCCUGCAGCAAGAGGUCAAGCGGACAGCAGCGCGGCGCCGCGCAGCCGACCGCAGCUCGACACGCCGCCGGCGCGGCGGCGCGUCGCCAGCGAUGUCCGUCGCCGGCUUCAAGCUGACCUUGUGGAUCCCGGUCGAGCAGGUCGGCAUCGUGAUUGGCCGGUCCGGCCAGACGAUCAACAAGAUCCAGGGCGGGACGUCGUCGAGAUUGAACGUCGUGCCGGACCAGGAUGCAAGUGCGUGGGCGCCCGUGUAUAUCCGGGGCGCCCCGGAUGGGGUGUUUGCGGCGGCGCAACAAGUGGUGGAGCUCGUGGACGAGGUCGACGACUGCGUCGCCGAGUUCCACCUCGGCGGGCGGGGGCGGACGUUGCUGCGGGACGAGAACUCCGGUCCGAGUAACCUCACGCUGGAGACGAAAAAAGUUUCCGCGGACCACAAAGUUCGGAUCUUGAUCCCGCAAGCCACUGGGAACGCGAAGUCCGACAACAAACCGUCGAAAGACGACGCCGCACCUUGUUCCCUUGAGGGUCCUCUAGAUGGUGUGAAAAAAGCACUGAAAGCUUUGGUCGAGAUCGCGUCCCGGAAAGUCGAGAAAAGGCCGCAAGAGCCGCAAGUGCCGCAAGUCGAGAAAUGCGUCUCCGUGCCGGCUACUAGAUUACGAACGGUCGCCAGACGGGGCCAGCAGCAACCGGUCUAUCGAGUAGUAGCGAGGUACUCCGGGACACAGGUGGCCAAGCGACCUAGAGAUCAACCUAUCCCGGAGGACGCCAUCAUCGCGAGGGAGCCGGAAGAUGCCCUCUCGCAAGCCGCUUUAACGGUAGAAAGCGUAGUAGAGGCCUGCACGGAGGAGCCGACGAAGAUCACUUCAUCUGUUAUCUCACAUGUGUUACCUGAUGAAAAUAUCGACAACGAUGAUUUCGAGGAUCCUGGGUGUAGCGAGGACGAGUCCUCCUCCGAGAGCGAGACUGAUGAGGACGACGACGAGGAGAUCGAGGAGGUUCCGACAGAACCGUCGAAGGAUCGCAUUGGGUUCAUGGUGAGGGGAGGGGAGAAGAACGUCGACGCCGCUUGUGCUGCAUUGGUGCAGAUCGUCGAAGGGAGCAGCGUGAAGGACGUGGUGGCCCAGCUCAAGCUCGAGUUCCCCACCGCGGCGUCUCGGCGGGGCGGCAGAGGAGGUAAGGAGAACCCGCCGGGGACCGGGCGGCGCUCGCGCAACCGGCGGGGCGGCAAGGCGCACCGCAAGGACAAGGACAAGGCUCCUUCAGGUGGAGAGAAGGAGAAGAAGGAGGGCGAGGGCAGUUCCAAAAGACGCGGGCGGCGCGGGCGGCGGGCCGGGGGCGGCGGCGGCGGCGAGGCCGGCGCGUAG